AAUAAAGUUAUUGAAAGCUGCCUCUUCAAACAUGGCGGCCCCCAUUGCGCCCUUGGUUUCCCUGCGCUGUUUAUGGGCAACUUACCGGGGCUGCCAAAGGCUACGGUACGGUGCCCACCUAAGGAGGCUGCCAGGGUUCUCCGUCCCCUGUCUGCGGAAUCCGGCGGCAGCAUUUGUAAGCCAGUUAGCUGAGAGUUCACUUCCAAGUUUUGAAACAAAUACAUAUUCUAAAGAACUUAGAGACUGCAGUGGGCCUCUUCAGCACUAUGACAUUUUAGUGAAGAAUUGUGUUCUAAGGAAGGAUGAUCAUCAACGAAGGGUAAUGCAGAAUUUGCAAAGUCUUCAUGAAGAACUCCGGGGAUACAAUAAAGAUUCUAAGGGACUUUUUGCAAAGUUUUUCUCACAAAAAAAACCUCCUAAAGGACUUUAUGUUUUUGGAGAUGUUGGCACUGGCAAGACCAUGGUUAUGGACAUGUUUUUUGCACAUGUUGAAGUAGAAAGAAAAAAGCGAGUGCACUUUCAUGGAUUUAUGCUUGACGUACAUGAAAGAAUACAUCGCCUUAAGAAAAGUUUACCAAAAAGAAAAGCAGGAUUCAUGGCCAACACCUAUGACCCUAUUGCCCCUAUAGCUGAAGAAAUAAGUGAUGAAGCCUGUUUGUUGUGUUUCGAUGAGUUUCAGGUGACUGAUAUAGCAGAUGCAAUGAUACUAAAACAACUGUUUGAAAACCUGUUUAAAAAUGGAGUUGUUGUUGUAGCAACAUCUAACAGACCACCUGAAGAUCUCUAUAAAAAUGGACUUCAGAGGGCUAAUUUUGUUCCAUUCAUUGCUGUUCUUAAGACAUACUGUAACACUGUUCAGCUGGACUCUGGUAUAGACUAUCGGAAACGGUUACUCGCUGCAGCUGGUAAAAUAUACUUCCUCACAAGUGAAGCUGAUGUGGAGGCUGUCAUGGAUAAGUUGUUUGAUGAGCUGGCUCAGAAACAAAAUGAUGUAACAAGACCAAGGAUUCUGAAAGUGCAGGGCAGGGAGCUGAAGCUGAGCAAAGCCUGUGGAUCCAUUGCUGACUGCACAUUUGAGGAACUCUGUGACCAUCCCUUAGGAGCCAGUGACUACCUGGAAAUGUGCAAGAAGUUUGAUACUGUAUUUAUCAGAAGAAUUCCACAUCUAGACAUGACAAAGCGCUCACAAGCCCGUCGUUUCAUUACUCUCAUUGAUGCCUUCUAUGAUCACAAGGUGCGUGUUGUUUGCUCUGCUGAGACUCCUUUGCAAAGCUUGUUCAUGCAAAAGCUUAAGGAUGCCGAUGAUUCAGAGUCUAGAAUUCUUUUAGAUGAUCUUGAAUUAAACCAGGAUGCAUCUGCAGGAUUGUCGGUUUUUACGGGUGAAGAAGAAAUCUUUGCGUUUCAGCGUACAUUAUCUCGACUUACUGAGAUGCAGACCGAAAUGUAUUGGGAAGAUGGAGACAGAAGUCAAAAUUAAUUAUGACAACACGUCAAGGCAAUGCGAUAAAUACUCAGAACAUCACUUUAUGAGAGGACAUUUCUCUGGAAGUGUACAUGUUUGCUGUAAUUGCACAACAACCUCAGGACCAUUAUUUAUUUUAAUUGUUUCAAUUUCCCCCUCUUUGCUGCUUUCCACUAGCUCUGCUGUGCUCUGGUCUGUAAUUGAGCAGCAACAUAUUGAAAUUGCUCCAUGUGUGGCAUGACCAAAGGUACAAAGGUAUGCAGUGUUUCACUAUUUAGCAAGGCCAAAUGUGCCAUUUAUAUGAUGAACACAUCAGUGAAGAAAUGAUUGAGGAUUCUUCUUGUGAGACAAAUGUAGAGUACGCGCGUUUAAUGCAAUCAGCAAGAGCUGCUCUAUUUAAUGCUGAAGUGUUCAGAAUAAGAGGUAUCCACACAGCAUGUAGUUUAAUAUAUGUGUGUCACAAUAUUUGUUUGCUUACCAUGACACUGUGUUGAGAGGUGCUAACUCUGAGAAUGUAACAGAAACACAUUCACUGCCAAAGUGAAGACAAAACUUAGGUUUAAUACAUGGUGCUAUGUUAUAUGUUAUAUUACUGCAGGUCAGUAUACGUACCGCUGAAGUAUUUUAUUCCAAAUGAUCACUACAGCCUAGCUUCAGUUGGUGUUUUAUGUGCACAAAAAGCCAGCACUCUUUUCUUUGCCAAAGAAUGAAGGUUACAUUGGCCAGUACUUUGUAAAAUAUAAAAAAAAACGUUGUCUGUAA